AUGCCUGUGGACUAUAGCAAGUGGGAUGCGCUCGAGCUCUCAGACGACUCCGAUGUCGAAGUCCACCCCAACGUCGACAAGCGAUCCUUCAUCCGCGCCAAGCAAGCGCAGAUUCACCAGGAGCGCGAGCACCGGCGGCUGCAGAUCGUCCAGUUCAAGUACGAGCGCCAGAUCAACGAUGCGCUGAUCCAACGCAUCACUAGCCUGCUCAACGCACUCAAGUCCCACGCCUCAGAUGUCGAGAGCAAGAGCAGGAAUCCCGGAGAGAUUGCCUUCGCCGCCGUCAUGGAGAGCGCGGCGGGCCUGAAACCCGAGGACGACCAGCCUCCGCCGCGCCCCGAGGGCCUGCCGCGGCCUGAGGGGGGCGAGACGAUGCCGACGUACAGCAAGAUGAUGGCGACCUUACUGGACCAGGUGAACACCGCGAUGGAGGAGAAGAAGGUCAAGCAGGAGGGCCGGUACGAGGCUAUGGUAGCGGAGAUCGGGGAGCACCUCGACAAGGUCACAAAGCUGCAGGGGGAACUGGUGAAGAAGCUAGGCGAGCUGGAGAAGGAAGAAGGGCGCAAGAUCACGAGCGAGAGCAUCCAUACGGGCUUUGACAGCUCGCAUGUCAACAAGUCGGCGCCCGGGCAGAAGGACAACACCAAGCUGGAGCUGCUGAACCCCAACUACGCUGCACCCUCCGCAGCAGCAGGGACCUCGUCGUCCAAAGGCGCACCAGCAGCAGCGGGGGGAGAAGGUGACGACAAUGAUGACGAUGACGAUGAGCACGUCGAUGCCUCGCCCGCCGCGAAGCAGUUUGCCAGUAUCAAGAACGGCGACUACACGUCCUCCAUGGCCUUCCUCAGCAAGAAUCCGCAGAUCCUGACGGAGAAGGAGACGGACGGCCUGCUCAUCAUGGCCUUCGACGCCCAGCUCGACAACAAGGACGACUUGGCACGGCAGUGCGUCCACCAGGCCCUGCUGCUGCAGUACUGCCGCGCCCUGGGACGGGACGGCGUCGCGCUAUUCUUCAAGCGCAUCAUGACCAAGGGCCACCAGGCGCAGGAUAUUUUCUUCAAGGACGUCCAGGACACCUACCAGAAAAUCAAGGAGCGCGCCGCCGAGAUCAACAAGCAGCGCGCUGCCGGCGCCGCCGAGGGCCAGGGCGUCGAGCAGAUCCAGCUGCACGCCGUGGAGCCGGGUACGGUGAUUAACAUCCGGGUGCCGCCAGCCGACAGCCAGGACCCCGAGAUACAAGAGGCCAGAAAAAUCUUCGAGGACUUCAGCCCCGACAUGAAGAAGGCGCUGGCGACUGGCAGUCUGGACGAGGUGAACACCGUGCUGGGGAGGAUGAAGGUGGACGAGGCCGAGGACAUGGUGGGUAAGUUGGACGCCGCCGGCAUCCUGUCGCUCGAGCAGGAGAUCAUCGACGCCACGACCGAGGAAGGUGAGGCCCAGUGGAAGCAGCUGGCGGAGCAGGCCAAAGCCACGACGGACGAGGAGGUGUAUGCGCCUGAUCCGGAGUAA